GUUGCUGUAGCUACUUCCGGCAACUGCAGCGAAUAAGAAAUUGACCAUUUGGUUGAGGAGUUGCUGUCGUGACCCUCUUGUUUUUGUAAUUGAUAUAUAAAGUCAAAAAGCCGCCACAACGCAACAAAAAAUAACCGGUCAGGGCUCCAAUUGCAUCUAACCUGCAUGGUUUGCGAAAUAUCGUUGGACACACUGGGCUUUGUAACGAGCUAGAUAAUCCCAUAGCCAGCUAGCGUUAGCUACAAUUGUUAGCUCUCGUACACCUUUGGGUCUGUGAGGAUGGCGGAGGAGGAAGACGAAGCUGGUUUUGACGAGGAUUUGGAUGACGGGGCGGGUGGAGCCGAUGGGAACCACGGCAAAAGGAAAAGACUGUUCUCAAAAGAACUUCGGUGUAUGAUGUAUGGAUUUGGAGAUGACCAGAAUCCCUACACCGAGUCGGUGGACAUCCUGGAGGACCUUGUGAUCGAGUUCGUCACGGAGAUGACACACAAAGCCAUGUCCAUCGGACGCCAGGGCCGUGUCCAGGUGGAGGACAUUGUUUUCCUUAUCCGGAAAGAUCCAAGGAAGUUUGCCCGAGUGAAAGACCUCUUGACGAUGAACGAGGAGCUGAAGAGAGCCCGCAAGGCCUUUGAUGAAGCGAACUAUGGCUCUUAGGGCCUUUGAUAGAGGGAUUUGGCCUUCACUGCAAAUACACGCCGCCUUUCCCCUUUUUAAACUUCUCUUUCACAUUGUCCAAGAUUUUUAUUCUGCUUUGAUCAUUGGACAUGUUUUUUUUAAGGAUUUAAAGUUGUUGCAGAUGUGAACAUAGAGAUAGUGUUCAUUGACCACCAACUUUUGACUACAGAUAUGUUUGUGCUCAUGUGAAAUGCUUAUGCCUUCUACAGACAUCUUUCUAUUUUUAUUUAACUAGGCAAGUCAGUUAAUAACAAAUUCUUAUUUACAAUGACGGCCUAGGACUAGGGGCAGAACGACAGAUUUUUACCUUGUCAGCUUGGAUUCGAUCAACCAAUUUGUAAGUCGCUCUGGAUAAGAGCGUCUGCUAAAUGACUUAAAUGUAAUGUAAAUGUAAGCAACCUUUAGGUUACUGGCCUAAUGCUCUAUCCACAAGGCUACCUGCCGCCCCAUUAACAUACAACUACUUUCUAGUAUUAGAUGUGUGUAUUUAUCGUAUACUGUGCUGUAUCCACAGAAGGACAUCACACUGCAGUAUCAAUCAUUAGGUCCUGUGAGGAAAUGUCUAUUAGGUGAGAAUUGUUGUCCUGUUGUCCUUAUCAGUAAGUAUAGUGACACAAUGGUGGAAUGGACAUUUAUGAAUAAAGUAACUCCCAAUCCAUGACACUUUCAUCCAUCCUUUACUGUGAGAUUUCAGGACAUGGGCCCAGAGGGGAGUUCAAAUGAGACUUUCUAUAUUAAUCCAUGGAUGUGUUCUCUUUCCUGAAACGUUUCAUUUUCGCUACACUUGCAAUAACAUCUACUAAACAAAUAUAUGUGACCAAUACAAAUUGAUUUGAUUUCUACACCUUGAGUCAAUGGAUAUAGCUUCAAAACUUGAAUAAAAUGUUUUGUUUAAUUUGUGCAAAUGAACGCACAACUUCU